AUUUAUAAACAACCUCAACACAAAUGAGGAGUUCAGGUUUGAGCUUUAGUAAGUUUUGUUCAUUUCUAUGUUGCUUGAGCUUGCUGCAAUCAAGCAUUCUUGCCACCAAAUUGACCUCUAGGUCAGGAGGGAACGAGACAGAUCAACUUGCAUUACUUGCAUUCAAAGCCAGAGUAAUCGAAGAUCCUCUGCAGGUUUUGAGCUUCUGGAAUGCAACAACUCACUUCUGCCAUUGGCAUGGCGUAACAUGUGGUCGUCGUCACCAGAGGGUCACGAAAUUGGACUUAAGUUCCCAAAAAUUGGCAGGAACUGUAUCACCUCAUAUCGGAAAUCUAAGCUUUCUCAGAGCGCUACAACUACAAAACAAUAGCUUCAGUGGUGCAAUUCCUCCUGAACUCAGCCGUUUGAGAAGAUUGCAAGUAUUACGCCUACACAACAAUUCCAUCACCGGCAACAUUCCUGCCAACUUAUCUCGUUGUUCUGAGCUCAUUAUUUUCAACAUCCAGAACAACAAGCUAGUGGGAAGAAUUCCUUCAGAGCUUGGCGCGUUGUCAAAGCUCGAAAUCAUUAGCAUCGGUUCCAACAAUUUCAUAGGACUUAUCCCUCCUGUUUUUGGAAAUUUGUCUUCUCUUCAACAACUUCUGGCAAGCAAAAACAAUUUGGCAGGGAGCAUCCCUGAUGCUCUAUGUCGGUUGACAAGCCUAAUUUAUGUUGUAGUGAAUGAAAAUAGCUUAUCAGGUACAAUUCCUCCUUCGCUUUUCAAUCAUUCAUCUAUUGUGGCUAUCGACGUGGGAACUAACCAAAUUGAAGGGAGUCUUCCCUUACACUUUGGCAUUUCUCUCCCAAAUCUCGAAUACCUCAGCAUUCGUGGAAACCAAUUUACUGGUUCCAUUCCUGUAUCCAUUUCAAAUGCCACGAAUCUGGCCGAUUCGCUGUUGCUUUUAGAAAAUGAACUCGUUGGAAAAGUUCCUUCCCUGGAGAAGUUGCAAAAACUUCAGCGAUUCGCUGUUGCUUUUAAUGGUCUUGGAAGUGGGAAAGCUGAUGACUUGGGCUUUCUAUCCUCUUUGACUAAUGCCACAAAUUUGGAUCUGCUGGAGCUGAAUCAGAACAAUUUUGGAGGGGUGUUGCCGGAAUCCAUUAGUAAUCUCUCUACUAAGCUUACAGACUUAUCUCUAACUUACAAUCAAUUGUCUGGAGAUGUACCGGCAGGGAUUUGCAAUCUUAUCAACUUGGAAAACCUCUUUUUGGCAGGCAACCAGUUCACAGGUAAUAUUCCACCUAAUAUUGGUCAGCUUCAAAAGCUACAAGAGUUUGCGUUACUUGAAAACCAAUUCUCAGGGAAUAUUCCCAACUCAUUUGGAAAUUUAACUUUGUUAUCCAAAUUCAGUUUAGCGGAAAACAAACUUCAUGGAAGCAUCCCUGCAAGUUUGGGGAACUGUAAAAAUUUGGUGUUAUUGGAUCUUAGUGCCAACAACCUUAGUGGUACAAUACCAAAAGAAGUGUUUGAUAUUUCAUCACUGUCAAUACUUCUGAACCUAUCUCAAAACCAUCUAACUGGUUCACUUCCCUUAAAUAUUGGAAAUCUGAUUAAUCUCGGUUCCUUGGACCUUUCUGAAAACAAGUUAUUAGGUGAAAUUCCAGUCACUCUCGGUAGUUGUGUAAAAUUGGAAAUCCUAUACUUGCAAGCCAACUUGUUUCAGGGGACCACUCCUUCGUCUUUGAGAUUUUUGAGAGGGAUUCAAGUUUUAGAUCUUUCUCACAACAAUUUGUCAGGGAAAAUCUCAGAUUAUUUAGAAGGUUUUGAAUUCUUGCAGGAACUAAACCUGUCUUUUAAUGAUUUUGAUGGUGAGGUGCCAGUUAAAGGCAUCUUCAAGAAUGCAAGUGCUGUUUCAAUCAUAGGAAACAAUAAACUUUGUGGGGGUGUACCUGAAUUACAAUUACCCAUAUGUAACUUCAAAGGUUCCAAAAAAAGGUCCAUUUUUAGUUUAAAAUAUGUUCUCUCUUUAUUAUGCGGGCUUUUGGGAGCAAUUUUGAUGACAUGUUUGGUGUAUAUUUUUUGGUUCAAGAAGAAGAUUAAGGAGCCUUGUUCAGUUUCACUGGAACAUUUACUCAUGAAUGUGUCUUACCAAGGUCUCCUUAAAGCUACUGAUGGGUUCUCUUCAGCCAAUUUGGUUGGUAUUGGUAGUUUUGGGUCAGUGUAUAAAGGAAUUCUUGAUGAUGGAACGGUUGUUGCGGCAAAGGUACUUAACCUUUUACAUCGAGGAGCUUCCAAGAGCUUCAUUGCUGAGUGUGAGACCUUGAGGAAUAUUAGGCAUCGAAAUCUUGUCGAUGUACUAACUGCAUGUUCAGGUAUUGAUUAUCAGGGCAACGAUUUCAAAGCACUGGUUUAUGAGUUCAUGGUCAAUGGGAGCUUAGAUGGGUGGCUGCAUCCAAAUAUUGGAGAACAUAUGGUUGAUGAUAUGCCCUUGAGUUUGAAUCUUCUUCAAAGGUUAAAUAUUGCCAUUGAUGUUGGUUCUGCUUUGGAUUAUCUUCACCAUCAUUGCCAAACACCAAUAGUUCAUUGUGAUUUGAAGCCUAGCAAUGUUCUUCUAAAUAGUGAAAUGACUGCACAUGUAAGUGACUUCGGGUUAGCAAAAUUCCUUCUUGAAGUCAACCAUUCCAAUUCUGCAAACCAAUCAAGUUCUAUUGGAAUACGAGGAUCUGUCGGUUAUGCUGCACCGGAGUAUGGAAUGGGAAGUGAGGUAUCAACGUAUGGCGAUGUGUACAGCUAUGGCAUCCUCUUGUUCGAGAUGUUCACAGGAAAAAGACCCACUGAUGAGUUGUUUAAUGACAAUUUGACCCUUCACAACUUUGUCAAAAUUGCUUUGUCUGACGGAGUAGAGAGGAUUGCAGAUCCAAUUCUUCUUAAACAAGGAGAGGGGGAAACAAGCAAAACUGCCACGGGCACUGGUAAGAAUUGGAGUAAUGUUAAAAUUUUGGAGACUUUGGUUUCGAUUUUUCGAAUUGGAAUUGCUUGUUCUGCAGAAUUGCCGAGAGAACGACCCAACAUGAGUGAUGUGGUAGCUGAGUUGCUUGUGAUCAAGGAUGCUCUUGUUGGAACUAGUAAAAGACAUUGAAGAAAUAGAGGGACUGUUGCAAGGCCUGUUUAAAUAUGUAUUGCAAUGAUCUUAAAUAAGGUUGCCUUAUAGUCUAUUUAUGUGUUCCAAUAAAAUUGAUUUUGAGUACAAACAAGCCCUGUAUGUUUCAUUUAUGUGUGGAAUGAAAAUUGAUUGCGUUGAUUAGG